GAGGUUCGAGCAGUUGCCCGUGCUGCUGGUGAGCUUCCUCCAACAGCUGGAGCUGCCGCCUUGGGGGCUAGCAGCAGUGCCGCCGCGCCUGGCCUCGCCAGUGACGCCGCCGCCGCCUCCCAGCGAGGCCGUGCUGCAGGACCUCUUCAAUACGCAGAUUGAUGCUGCUUCCACCAAGCUGCAGGCUGUCUGCAAUGAGACGCUCAAGAAGGCUCAGGACGACUUCCAGUCGAGCAUGCGGAUGUGCUUCACGCAGAUUCUCGCCACCAACGCGAGGGUCGACCAGCACAGCCACACCAUCGCCGACAUUCAGCGUCGACAGGACGCCCAAGAGCGCGAGCAGGACAAGAUUCGUGACACUGUUGCGCGCAUGGAGAGGACGCUCGCGAUGGCUGAGUCCCAGGCCUCCGCGUUCGACACGGCGAAGUUGGCUCAGUGGGAGAGGCAGGCGGAGCCGACCCUCUUCACGAUCGGUGCACCGUCGGCCAUCGCGCCGAUGGAGGUGCGCAGGGCCGUCCAGGCAUGGGUCACCGAGUCGGGCCUCGCCAUGGACCAGGUCGAGCUCGACGGGCAGGUCCCCUCGCGCAAGUUCUUCCUGCGCACGAUCGGCGGUGAUGAGGUUGCUCGACCACGGGCGCUGGCGUUGGCACAAG